AUGGAAUUAACUUUUCUUGGUACCGGAUCAAAUAAUCCAAGUCCUCAUCGUGGCGCAUCAAGUCUCGCUUUACGUAUCAGUGGCACAAGUAAUAUAUAUUUAUUUGAUUGUGGUGAAGGUACACAAAUUCAAAUUCAACGUUCAACAAUACGUGCAUCGCGUAUAACGAAGAUUUUUAUAACACAUCUUCAUGGUGAUCACAUAUUUGGUUUACCGGGACUUUUAUGUACUCUUUCAGCAGGUGCAUCAUCAAUGUCACCUUUAGUCUUUUAUGGACCACUCGGUUUAAGAGAAUUCGUAGAAAAUACGUUAAGAUUAUCAUAUUCAUUUCUUUCGUAUAAAUAUGAAAUCAUAGAAUUAAUACCAAACACGUAUGAUGGCGUGGACGAAAGUAUCAUAAAAACAACAAUUGCUAAACAAGAAAAAAAUGAAAAUUGUAGAACAUUGAAUAUCAAUGAAGAUGGACGAUAUCAUUUAAUAUCCAAUGAAGAUAAUUGUUCAGUUUAUGCUGUUUCUAUUAGACAUCGUGUACCAUCCUAUGGGUUUGUCAUAGUCGAAAAUGAUCUUCCGGGAAAAUUUGAUAUAAAAAAACUUCAAGAAUCAGGUAUUAAACCAGGUCCUUUUUGUUCUCGUUUAAAAAAUGGUGAAACUGUUACCAUUGAUGAUGGUCGGAUUCUUUCUCCAACAGAUUUUGUUGGUCCAUCACGACCAGGUCGUUGUCUUGUUAUACUAGGUGAUUGUUCUGAUGCAUCAAAUGUAAUUCCAUUUGCUCAAAACUGUGAUGUUGUUGUUCAUGAAUGUACACAUGAUGAUAAUCUUCUUGAAAAAGCUAUUGAUUUUGGUCACUCCACACCAUCGAUUGCAACAUCAUUAGCUGAAAGAUGUCAUGCUAAAUGUUUAUUAUUAAAUCAUUUUAGUCAACGUUAUAAACCGAAAUCUGCGAUAGAAUCAAAAACAGUAGAAAAUGAAGAAAAUAAAAACAAAAGACAAAAGCGAAAAGAAGAAGAUAAUGAUGAUAAUAAUAAUAAUGAUGAUGAUGAAAAUCUAACAGUUGAUCUUCUUCUGGAACAAGCAAAACAACAUACAACAAUACCUGUAUUCAUUACUGAUGAUUUCUUUACUUACACUAUUCCUUUACCGAAAUAA